AUUAACCUAGUCACCUGAUUUAAAGAGAGUGAAGUCACAUGUUAUAUACAUAUAGAGAAUCGAUAUGGAAUUCAGAUAGCUAUAUCAGUCCAUGCACGUUUGCUUCCCAAACUCCACAUUCCACUUAAAUAAGUACUCCUCUUCUCAUUCCCCUAUAUUCUUCCACCCGCCGAUUUUCAGAUCCUCUCGCCGCGAAUCCGCCCCAAGUCUCCGUUUUCCGGUGUCGCCGCUUUUUAGUUUUCGCUAUUCUUCCGUCGUCUGACCCUGUGUUUUUUUUCGCUUCCCCAAAAAUUCUGGGAUUUCGGCGCGCAAUUGCAUUUGCUGUUUGUUGAUUUGCGCAAUAAUUGGGCUCUUUGAAGACGAAUGGGCACAGUCAAACUGAACGUAUGAGUUUGACUGGUGGACUGGUGGUGGGGCCCUGUCUAUUGAAGGCCGUCGAUCUAUGAUCUGAUAUGUAAAGCGUGCGUUUUCUGUGGCUGGUGGCGCAUUAAUUCUUUGACAGGGAGCGGUGGAGAAUCAUAUCACAAGGAUCAGUUUUUUAUACACGUUAGCUCCGGUUGUGAUCUCUCUCUUUUUUUAUGCUAUAGGUACAGUGUACACUAGGUAUUAAUGAGGAAAAGACUGAUGCUGUGAAAACUGAACUGUUUAUUCAGUUGAGAUGGCCCCGCUAAAUAGUAACAGUUCGGAGAGCAUGCAUGGAGGUUCCAAUAACUCUGGCCAUGAGAAAUGCCCUUUUUAUUUGCUUUUCCAUUUUGAGACCACGCUUGGCCUUGGUUUGAGGGGCUUCUUAUAUUUCCUGGCUCUUGCCUACUGUUUUAUUGGAUUAUCAGCUAUUACUGAUCGUUUCUUCCGUUGCAUGGAAACUGUGGUCAAGCAUUCUCGAGCUGUGGAAGAGAUAGAUCCUACUACUAAUACUAAAGUUAUUCGAAACAAAAAGGUUUGGAAUUAUGCAGUAGCUGACAUCGCGCUGUUGGCAUUUGGAACUAGUUUUCCUCAGAUUUCAUUGGCAACAAUUGAUGCCAUAAGAAAUAUUGGAGAGUUAUAUGCUGGAGGUUUAGGUCCAGGAACACUUGUUGGUUCUGCUGCUUUUGAUCUAUUUCCCAUCCAUGCCGUAUGUGUCGUUGUUCCUAAAGCUGGAGAACUAAAAAAGAUAGCAGAUAUCGGAGUAUGGCUUGUAGGGCUUUUUUGGUCUUUCUGGGCUUACAUUUGGCUAUACAUAAUACUAAAGGUGUGGACUCCAAAUGUGAUUACUCUCUGGGAAGCUCUGUUCACUGUAGGGCAAUAUGGUCUUCUGCUUACGCAUGCCUAUGCUCAAGAUAAACGUUGGCCAUUCGUUUCCUUGCCCAUGAAAAGAGAUGAAAGGCCAGAAGACUGGGUACCAGAAAAAACUCCCCGGUGCAGGAGAGGAGAUGAGGAACCUCAUAUGUACUCGGGAAUACAUGAAGGCGAUGAAGUUAGAAACAAGAAUAUAGCUGGCAUAUACUCUGUCCAUUCUGGUAACGAAGAACAAUCUCUUGAAGACAACAUUCCUCAGAAAGAUGAUUUGGCCUCCAUCUGGAAGAGGCAGUUUAUUGAUGCUGUCACGUUGGAGACAGCAGAAUCAAGGAAAUUAAACAGUCCAUGCCUCUCCCUUGUAAAGGCCUUUUGGAAGCUGCUCAUUGCACCAUGGAAAUUACUGUUCGCAUUUGUGCCUCCGUAUCAGAUUGCCCACGGAUGGAUUGCAUUUCUUUUCUCUCUAGCUUUCAUUGCUGGGAUAGCUUAUGUUGUGACAAAGCUCACAGAUCUAAUAAGCUGUGUCACAGGUAUUCCUCCAUACACCAUUGCAUUAACAGCUUUAGCCGCUGGAACGUCAUGGCCCGAUCUAGUUGCUAGCAAGAUUGCUGCAGAGCGGCAGAUAACAGCAGAUUCUGCCAUAGCUAACAUCACUUGCAGCAAUUCGGUGAAUAUAUAUGUUGGCAUUGGUGUGCCAUGGCUCAUCAACACGACGUACAACUACAUCGCGUAUAAGGAACCAUUAAGGAUAGAGAACGUAGGGGGGCUAAGCUUCUCCUUGCUCAUGUUCUUUGCAACGUCGGUAGGCUGUAUCGUUGUUCUGGUGUUCAGACGUCUGACGUUGGGUGCGGAGCUCGGUGGCCCGAGGCAUUGGGCGUGGAUCACUAGCAUUUAUUUUAUGAUGCUGUGGCUUAUUUUUGUUACAUUAUCAUCUUUAAGAGUUUCAGGUGUUAUUUGAGCAAGUGUAGCUCAUCCGUGGGCUAUGAAAUGCAUACUACUACUCCACUACUUUAUCAACAACAAUGUAAAAAAGGAAAUUUAUUGCAUGGAAUGCUACCCUACUUCGAUUAA